UACUUCUAUUUUAGGUUACAGGAACAAGAAGUGUGUUUCAUUUGAAAAUGUAUAAAUCCAUUAUCGACUGAGUCAUUUUUAUCGAUCGGAACGCGUAUGUAGUUCAAGGAAAGAUAAAUAGGUGGUCAUUUGUUGCGGAACACCUCUUUCAUUACGCACUUGUUCGCAUGCGUUGGGAGAAAACUGGGGUGGGAAAUCACAAGCAUUUAUACGGGAAGCGCAGUGUUUCCUUAGCAUUCCGCUUCGCGCAACCGUGUAAGAUUCAUUGAAAAUUGGAAAGGAAAACCAUUACGGCAUAACAAAUAAUUUAAAUCUUUCAUUAAACGUGUUCCUACCUCUAUGACAUAUAUCAUAUUAGAUGCAACUAUGAAUUUAAUAAAUAGUUUCAAUAAGUUUUAAUAAAUAAUUUUUUACUGUUCGAUAGAAAUGGAAAAUAUAAAUAUUAAAAACUUUGAUCUACUGUCUGGAUACGGAUGAUGGUGGAAGUCAUACAUAAGCUGCUAUAGACGUAAUUAUCUGCCCAUGCGUUGAAUAUCCCUUAUGCAGUAUUACAGCUGCAAUCCGGUAGCAUUUGGCCUACGCCAAUCUUGCAUUAUAGAGGGCCUCUCGAAUCUGUCUAUGUAGUUGGCGGACAAAAAAGAACACCUAAGAAAAAUGUAAUGUCGAGCACGAAUGAAAGUGAAAUUAGUGAGCGGUGGUAGGCAGUUCUCUUCCCGUUUACUUUUCAUCUGGGCGUUGUCCCUUUGAGAACGAAAACCACUCUCCGUUUCAAUUCGCGAACAUGGGUGACAAUUCCAUGAGGUUAGAGAAUUAUGAAAUGCUUAAGGCUCUCUACGAUUUCAAGGCCACGUUCGCCAAGACUCUGAGUUUUCAGGAGGGCGAUUGUUUUAUUCUAUAUCAGACUAAUACCAAGCAAAGAAAUUGGUGGCAGGUGGUCAACAGAAAUGGACUUAUUGGAUACAUACCUUCGAAUUACGUCACCACUAUAAAGGUACCUUCUCAAACGUUAAUUGAAUUUUUGGAGGAUUGCAUUGAAAAUGUAAAGGCAGAGACCAAAGAACAAACUGGAUCCUUGUAUGUGGAAAAACAGGAUCUCCUUUUGAAGUUAAUUGAGAAGAAACGACAGGCAGAGUUUAAUAAAAAGACUAAGAAACAAGCCCCAAUGCCUCCCGAUUUUGGGAACAAUACACCUAGCAAGGAAAUAUGUUCACCUCUUUAUAAUGCCAAAGAGGGAGAUGUUAAUACGGCACCUAGUAACACAUCUUAUAUGACAGCACAAACAACAUUGCACACUAAUGCUAAUGAUGAUAAAGAGGAAGCACCUGUUGUUCCACAAUGUCAGCAGAGGAGACAGUCUAUACCAAGACAAUCCUCUUCUGAGACUCAGAAAAUUCAGGCUGAAGUACGAAAGAGUCCUUCUCAUGGUAGUAACAGGCAGACUCCAACCAGUUCACCUAUGAAGAAUAAAGCUUCAGCAUGUGAUAUUAAUUCUCAUACAGCUUAUCAGUUACUUGAUCAAGUUCGAAGAAAUACUCAAUUAAGCUAUGAAAUGUCCAAGGUAGCAGUUACCGUAGUGGUCACUGGUCUUCAACAAUUAUUACCGAAAAAUGUGAGCCACUAUUUUGAUGCACUGCUGCAUCAGUUGGAGACACCAUUCACAGUGUCACAAAUGAGUAUAGAGGAGACAUAUGAUGCUAAUAGAUUGAAAGUAAUUUUUACAGAGCUUACUUCUUGUAAAGAAGAUUCACAACAGAGAAAUUGGAUGCUAUAUGAAGAUGAAUCUGUUAUUGUUGACUAUAUCAAAGAACUUACAUCCAUAUUGACAAAUGCGGAUGCAAACGUGUCUAGGUAUAUUUUACAGCAGGAUCAAUAUAACGGCGUUAAUGUAUUGAUACAAUAUUAUCAAAUGGAACCCAGAUGGACAAUUAGACAAUUGCUGCUACAGUCAUUCGGAGUAAUGUGUAGUCUGGACUCUGUGAUCUUAACCAUAAUGUUGAAUAGCGUACUACCAAUGGAGCUAGCAAGGGAUAUGAGAAGUAAUCCUAGAAAUGUGACAAAAUUAAAUUAUUCUUCAUUAUUACUUACUAUGAUUUUUUCAAUGGGUGAACCCAUGCCAGUUACGCAUUUGGAGCAAUUAGGCCCAGACUUCAUAGCCUUUAUUCUGGACUUAAUAGAAAAUCCUCCAGACAUGGAUUUAGAAGAUCAGAUUUCAGACCUGUUUGUGAAUUUGAUAUUGUCCUACAAUUUACAAUUCACAAAUUCAGAGAACAUUGUUCUGAAUGCGUUAAAGGAGAAAUCAUUGGCGAAAAUAUUUACUGAGAAAAAUUUGCUCCUUUUCAAUAGAGAAGAGGAUCCAGUGAGAAUAUUCGACCAUGAGCCGCCUCCUCCGCAUUCUGUACUGAAAUUGUUCAUUGAUCUUUUCAGUAAUGAUGUGACAGCAGGUCUCUUUUAUACCAAUGAUGUCAAAGUUUUAAUUGAUAUUAUAUUACGGCAACUGUAUGAUAUGUUUCCUGGGGAUAAGCGUAGGCAGUACUUAGAAUUAUGUAGACGAGUACUUCGCAACUCCAGCUACGACGAACACAAAUAUCGCUCCGAGGACCUACUAAAAUGUUUUACAAGGAUACUGUGCGAGGAAACUGAAGAGAGCCAAGAAGACCAACAAUUGGUACGCGAGAUCAGCAAUGAAUUUCCACAUUUGUUCAAAAUGUGACAUUCACUCGAGUCCUCUGACAAGAAAGACUUGGAAGAGGAUGAUUUACAAACUUUAGUAUAAAUGACACUCUGGUAUGUAUGUAAUACAUAGGAGUGUAAAACUGAGGAUGAAUCAACAAGUUACCAAUCAGAAAUGUUCUUUAUUUUUCUAACUUCUAUUUUGCAUAUAUUUUGCUCAGCCAGUUGUAAUAAUUAUCGAGUACGCACACGAUUCGCAGAACCUUCGAACGCAUGGAGAUUAUAUUUUUUUCCAAUUUGAAUCUUUGUAGUAAACUAGAAAAUCUAGAUGAAAAAAGACAAAUAGACCAGCAUUUAGAAAAAAAAUUGUUGUAUAUAUAUAAGCGAGAAAUUUUUUCUCAUUCUAAGCAUGAGGACCAUCAAAGUACGGUAGAAUUAUUUCAAUUCCCCUGACAAGUGAACUGAUAUUAGUCAUGUAAUGAGAUAAAGUAGACUGCACGGAUAAAAUUACAGAUAAAAAUAUUAUUCUAUUAUGAUAUUAACAAAUUUGAAUCUGUAAAGAAUCGCUAUCGAGAAAGGAAAAAAAGAACGAAAAAAAAGAAAUAUUCAUUGGAAAUAUGAAGAAUUUAAUCUCUAAUGAACAAUAGUUAUGGUCUCUUGUUCCCUGUAAACCAUAGUCUAGUCCACCUAUGGGCGUGUCCGUAUAGUGCUCUAAGUCAUUCGUUAUUUACUAAUUUAUGCUCGACAUUUUCUUGUGAACGAUAUUAUAUAUUUAGCGUAUCUAUAAUUCAGGAUAUUGUAAACGAUACGUUCAGCGUGGUGUUUACGACGAAAUUUCAAAGUUUAUUAGUGCCACUAUUAUAUAUAGUUAUUAAACUUUCUAGUCUAUUGCUAGCGAUUCUAUUUUUUUAAAAGUAUUAUACUACGUUACGUUUACGACUAUUGACAUGUCAAUUACAAAGAACUCUCAGAUUAUUGUGAUUAUAAAUCAAAUGUUAAUGAAAUAAAGGUGAGUCUAGGUGAUUCAAGAUUUCUUCAUUAAACUUAAAGGUAACCCGGAUUCGAUCUAGGGUCUUAGGCUCGAUUACGUCUGGAAGGAACGACGCAGAUCAUUUUUAAUGGUAUUUUAUUAACAACAAUAAAUACUGUCCAUGAAAAACUUAGCAGGCGUGAUGCAAGUGUAUGAGACCUGUGAUUUCGUUACAUUAUAAUUAAUUAUAAUUUGCGUACGAAACGGUUAAUAGGCGGCACUCGUUAAACAGGAGGAAAAUUGGCGCGAGACCGUCCAAGUGGCCACCGGAAGCCAUUCCUUAUUAAAAUGUGUCUCGAGAUCCGACGAAUUUGCCCCUGAAGAACCGGAGACGCGUCAUGACGUUAAGA